CGCCCUUCCGCGCACCGACCCUUCCCCGCUCCUCGGCCGUGCCCCGGCGCUGCUCGGGCGUGCGGCUCCCCGAGCCCUGAGAGGCGAGCGGGGACCGGGGUGGGUGGUGAGGGGCGAGAGGGCCCCGCGGCGGGACCUCGGAUUGAAAACCUAGAAUGGCAGGAGAGCAGAAACCAUCCUGCAAUCUUCUAGAGCAGUUUAUUUUACUAGCCAAAGGUACAAGUGGCUCAGCUCUGACUGCUCUUAUAAAUCAAGUGCUGGAGGCUCCUGGGGUUUACGUCUUUGGAGAACUAUUGGAGUUAACAAAUGUGCGAGAGCUUGCUGAAGGGUCUAAUGCUGCUUAUUUCCAGUUGCUGAACCUGUUUGCAUAUGGAACAUACCCAGACUAUGUCGCAAACAAAGAUAACCUGCCUGAAUUAACAGUGACUCAGAAGAACAAGCUGAAACACUUGACGAUUGUAAGCCUGGCUUCCAGAAUGAAGUGCAUUCCCUAUUCUGUGUUGCUGAAGGACCUGGAUAUGAGGAAUCUGAGGGAGUUGGAAGAUCUGAUUAUUGAAGCAGUUUAUACAGAUAUUAUCCAGGGAAAGUUGGAUCAACGAAACCAGGUGCUAGAGGUGGAUUUUUGUAUUGGCAGAGACAUUCAGAAGAAGGACAUCAGUAACAUUGUCAAAACGCUCCAGGAAUGGUGCGAUGGUUGUGAAGCGGUUCUUUUAGGAAUUGAGCAGCAAGUACUUAGAGCCAACCAAUACAAAGAGAACCAUCACCGAACUCAACAGCAGGUAGAGAUGGAGGUCACAAACAUAAAGAAAACAUUAAAAGCUACAGCCUCGUCGUCGGCACAGGAGAUGGAACAGCAGCUGGUAGAGCGAGAGUGCCCUCCACACACAGAACAAAGGCAGCCCACAAAGAAGAUGUCCAAAGUCAAAGGGCUGGUCUCCAGCCGUCACUAGAACAUACCAUCUAAAUGUCAUUCAGCUAGGAAUGACAACAGGAGGAGCAAAAAAGGGCCUGUGUCUCCUUUUUCAGUGGGUUCUGGGCCAGUCACUUCCAGGCUGGCAAAUAAAAGCCCUGUUUGAUUGCAGCUCCCAGUUAGCAGCACCUGGCUAAGUUACACUGUGCAGCCUCUAUUAAUUUCCAGGGUGUCCCUGUUCUGGCCCUGUAAAGAGGGACUUCUAAAGAGAGGGACUAAUGAAAAGGGGCAGGAAAAAAAAAAAAAAAAUCUGUGAACAGUUUUGCUCCCUCCCAGCCAGUCUCAUUGCUGCUUAACCUUGAGGAAGCUGCUCUGCUAUGCUGUACUAAAUCAGAUCCUGGGAGAACUUCUGUAGCAAGUGUCUGAAUCCCAGGGUUGAAGUGUGGCUACCAAAGCCAGGCUGGGAGUGAGGAAGCCAUCAACACAGAUCUUUUCAUUCCCAAAGGGACCGCAGAAAGGUUUCUAGGCCAGGAACUGCUUUACAAGGAAGUCUUCAGCCUUUCCACUACCCCUGUCUAUUUUAAACUGGGGUGAAAUUCACACUACCUCGCCCUGUGAAGAUGAGAUUCAGUGCUGGGCUGUUUACUUAACUGUUUGUUUACUGCCCUUACUAAGCCCUUUAAUCUCUCACAGAUUUAAAGCACUGUUCUGCAUCUCUGAGGCAUCAAUACUAUAAGGAGGAAGCAGGCUGCUCUUUCAAGCCUUCCUUCUUGCAGGUGGUUAGGGGCAUACUAGAAACUGUGUUCCUUCUGAAUGUGAUGUGACCUCCCAGAGCUGCUUGUGAGUUGUUUCCCCUAUUGAUACCUUCAAAGGGUAAUGCAUUUGCUCUUCCUUGGAUGCUAGCGACAGUGGUCUGCAUGGGAGAAGAGCCCGUUUAGCAUUGUGGCAGGCUAGUGGCCCAGGACCCACUGGCAGGGGUCGCAGCAGCAUCCCCUUGCUGAAGCAAUGGACUUGACUAGGCUUUCUGAAUUUUGAACACUUUCAGGUUGUAUUUUCCUCCCUUUUUUUGUACGUUGUUGUGAUUCUAAAGCAUUUCAGCCUUUGUUUUGUGUUUUUUAUUUGUUACAGACUAACUUCAGGUGAUUUGCACCUAGUUUGGCAAGGUGUGGGUUUUUUUUUUAGGGGGGAGGAUGGGGUUGGCAUUGAAACAGCAAUUCACAAAAAAGCACAUUUUAGAAAAAAAUUAAAAAUGCUGAUUUAAUGUCAGAGUGUGGAGUCUUGGCUUUGAGGCUGCUUUAGACUCGUAGUCCAACAGCACUUGUUCACUUGAGCAUUUACUUGGUUCUUGAUGUUAUAGUAUCAGAAGGUCUGACUAAUCUCCCUGAUGCAGUGGCGAGGCAGGGAAGUGCUCUUCCCAUUUUGUCAGUAGUUUGUCCAAAUUUGUGCAGAAGGAUCUGUGGCAAAGCCAGUAGCUGAGCCCAAUGUCCUGAGCCUGAAGAUCUUUGAUGCCUGAUUGUGGAAGGUUUGUAGUUGUGCUCUGACUUAGGCCAAUCAAUUCCUUCCUCUAGGUCUAGCAGAGCACUGCUUUGUAGUUCAGCCCCUGCAUUUCACUUCACUCCAUGCUGUAAAGAGAAGGGCUUUCCAUGAGCAGGCAGGAGAGCUGUUUAAGCAAAGGACUGUGACAAUGCUCCAGUCCUGCAGCCAGCUGUCACCUGCACUUGCUUGUGCAAUGCACGUGCCUUCCUCUUAUUGCUACCAGAAUUCUUUGCCAUCUGUGUGUUUUUAGUCCUCAGUCACAGGACUUGUACACUUGUGAAAGUAAAUUCCUCUCCUUUUCUUCUGCAGUGCAGGCACACCAGCUUCUAAUCUUGGGAGGUGGAUCUAAAUACCUCCCAUCCAGUUGCCUCUGGGUCAAGUCCCUUGGUUUCUGAUUCUCUGCCAACUCUCUCUCCCCCUAGAAAUGCUAGCCAAAAAAUUCCUAGGGAAGGAUGUUAAGUGAAUAAACCCAGAGCACGAAGCCUUCCCCUAUAUCUUAAGGGAACUGUUUCUCAAGCAGUGGCAGUACUAGUUUCUGUACUAGCUUCUCCCAGUGUUUAGCUGACAGCUUCUCAGGAGGUGUAGGUCGACUUUUUGUGCCCAAGUCUAAUAGAUCUGUGUGAUGGAAAUGAACUAAGUCCGUUUCUGGCUUCCUGCGUGGACAGCUGCAGUGUACUGGUCAUCCAGUUCUUCACUAGAUUUGACUAGUGAGGAGGGGUUCUGUGGUCCUCACUAGCUGUUUUCUUUCCUUCCCAUUUUUAGUAUCAGUCCUGCAAAGAGACAGGAGGAAUACAAAUGCCAUUGGAAGUCAUUUUAGCUCCUCGGCAAGCCGCAGUCUGCUGGGGAAAUAGAUGUGAAUUUGGCAUCCUUGGUGUUUAUUCCCUGCCAGUUACAGGAGUCACAUUAGUUUGCUGAAGCUUCUUUAGUGUUGGAAGUUUCUGAGUUUGUUCUUACGUUUUUGCUGUUCUCAAAGCCUGGCUGGGGGUGAAGAUCUUAUUUAUGCUUCGGUACACAUUGCCUUUGAUCAGCAAAGAAGCAAGGGAGGAAAUAGCACUUUCAAUAAAGAGCUGUCCCAUGCUUGACAGCGACAGAGGACAGAGAAGGGAAUGGGGUAUUGGAGGGAACUGAGCUGUUUGCAUGUUUGGCUUUCCUGGUGUGCCAGCAAUGCGCUUGGUGCCGCAAAAGGAGGGGGGGUGUCUUUGCAAUGAGCCCAGUCUGAGAUGAGUCAUUAACAAAUGACAUGCACAGAGUACCUGGGGGAGGCAAACAGCUCUGCAGCAGCUGGUUAAUGAAUCUGGCUUGAAGGAAAGAGUUAGAAGCUAUUCCAGGAAUGAAGCAGAAGGCAUAGUUGUUAACAGGGAAGGAUGCAGGAGGUGCUAUGCUGUUUGAGAAGGACAACAGAUAAAGACUGCAUUGACUCCCUGUGAGUGCAGGGAGGGCAGCAGCUCGGAGCAGAGUUGUGUGAAUUAGGGGCUGGUGGGGGCUAAAUUGCGGAAAAUUUCAAGUGGGAAGUGCCUGGGGAGCCUAACUGUGGGCAAGAGGGAGAUGGAAGCAGAGGUGGAUUUGAUGCAAACUCCCAUGUAUUGCUUGUGCCUGCUGGAGGCAGCUACCGCCGUUUGUCUGAGCACUGCUGGACACUGCUCCCUGAUGUGGGGAGAGCAUCCUGCCCUACUUUGUUUUAUGGCAGCAAUGGGCUGCUCCAGCUGCAGCUCACUUCAAGAUUGCAGCAGGACAGAGUUUGAGCUAUUGAACUUCUGUUUGCAGCUUCCACCCGGAGGGAGACAAAGUAGAUGGAGCUGCCUUCCCUCUGCUCUUCAGGGCUUUAUUGUCUAGCUUCGUGUUCUGUAGCUCCACUUGUACUAGUGCUUGUUUAAUAUGGAAUUGAGCACUGAGCUGGAAAAUGGAAGAGAGGAUCUCAGCUGAUUGCAGUGCUGGUAGACUGCCCUAGCCCUAAAGCUGUGCCUCAUGCUAACAAAUGUCCCUGGCAUUCCUGCUGUGACUCAGUUGAUACCAGCUAACAUCAGGCAAUUCUGGAACAUGAUAAAGCAGUGCUGAUGUCAAUCUUUUUACAGAAAAAAGUUUUGGCUCAAAAUCUAUUGUUCUUUUAUUUCCCUCCUCACCUCCUUAGAUAAGUUGAAUGCUAGCUUAGUCUUCUGUCGAGAGCAGGAGGGAAAAUCAGUGAUGCUGACAGACCCUUUUGUGUUCAGAUUUGCGACCCAUCCUGCAAUCAGUCUUGUGCAGACUUCUGAAAUCCCAUGGGUGCUUGUGGAGCUGCAUGCAGGCUUGCAGGUCUCUCUCCAUGGAUUGGCUACAGGAGUAGGACCUGCAGAGCUGCUCUCCAGGGUGAAGCUGGGGAAAGUGAAGCUUUUGUUCCCAUAGAAGAGAGUGGUGGUAAGAGAUGGCCAUUUUCCCAGCAGCACUGCAAAGUGAAUUUUGCUGAACAGCUUUCUCUUCCUGGAAGAAUGGAAAAUGAUAAAGAAUCCAGUGGGUGUCUUUGUGUUUGCUUGUAGUGUUCUGCUUAUCCUAUGAAGGGAAAAUGCAUUGGUCCUUGUGUGCAAAAAGGAAGUUGGGCUUACUCAUUGCAGGGGAGGCAGAAGGAAGAGUGCCAUCAGCUUUGAUAACUGUAUCAGAAUGUAACAAAUUGCAUGGGUGCACCAGACUUUUCCUAAACUUUCAGUUCCGUACAGGUUUAUAGGAGUGCAUCUAAGCUGUUUAAAGAGGCCUCCGAUUUUUAAAACCACAUAAAGCCCACUUCCUGCUGGGGUAAAACAGUCAAAGCUUAUGCAUUCCUAGGUGUGUUGGUGCUGCUGUUUGUUACUUCAGUAUCUGAGACUGUUGCAAACUUUGCAAUGGGGAGAAAUAUUGCUCUUUGUUAUUCUGAAUAAUGGGCAAAUGGUGAAAGUAAAGAACCUGCCUCACAAGUAUAAGGACCUAGCUAGCCAUAUCUGACACCUACUCCCAUACGAAGUUUUCUGUUGGUUCCCUGCCCUGCCCCACUAAGUCCUUUAUAGCAUCUGACCUAAUGCAAGGGAACCAAAACCUGAAUCUCUCUAGUUUAUUUUUUUGUUAUCUGAGAGAGAGUAACCUAGGGGCAUCAGGAAAUGUAAAUUAAAGUUUAGAGUGAUCUCAGUUCCUACUUGUAACCUCAACCUUGUAUUUUUAUUAUGGAAUUUUAACCUGACAGUCUGAUUGAAUUUCUCGGCAGAGUUUUUAGAAAUAUGUCAUUGUUUCACUCUGCUCCAUGGCGAAGGUCGGUGUCUCUCAGGGACUGUUGACAUUUUGCUGAUAUUCCAUCAAGUUUGGCCCUACCACAGAGCUACCAGAGGUAAGUGAUUGAAGAUAGAGAGGUGUACUGUAAAGGAAGUGUAUUUACCCCGUAGCCUGACUUGCUGUACCCUGCUUCUUAGUGGCACUGUGGUGGUACCUCCAUCUCUGAUUAGUGAACCAGGCAAAGGAUUGGGCAGAGCAGCACUUUGCUCCCUGUCUUCAAAUACACAGGCACACAUGCUGCAGCUUCCCACAGUGUGUAGACCUCGUGAGAUGCUCUGAUGUAUUUGCUACAGGCUACAAAUUGCAUGAGUGUGAUAGCUGUGACCAUGGCUUUUUCUCGUCAAGAAGACAAGAUGUCCCUGCUCUAGUGAAUGAGCAUGCACACUGGAAAUUCUAGGUAGUAAUAUGAUGCCAUAAGGUCAUUUAACAGUCCUGAAAUGUGUAUUUCCCCACAGAGCGCAAAAUAAUUUGUGCCAGUAGUCCUUGCUUCAAGUAGUUGUAGUAGAAGAUAGGACACCCUUCCACAGCUCCAGGUCUCCUAUAGAAAGACUUGUGAAUCUCAGUAUCAUUAGGGCAUUUUUCAAAUGCUUGUGCACACGCGAUACCUCUGUGUUUCCAGAAUAGCUGAUUGUGGUGGGUGAGUGAAGCCUUGGUCCAUCAGAGAUUGGCCUUUUUGCCAGUAUUUUGAGCUUCUCUGACUGUAGGGUUGUAUCUUCAUGGGUAUGAAGUUUGGCAGUUGUGCUGUCUAGCCCUCCAGACUCUUCCUGAAGAUGCUGUUUAUCUCACCAACCCUAAUGUUUCACUUACAGUCUCAUGAUCAGCACAGUCCUAAGGGUGCCUUGCACUGAUGCAAUAAGUAAUGUCUUGGUGUUUCAUUGUCACCUUCGCAGCUGUUAGAGAGCACCAGUUCCUACAGGAUCACCCGCCAGCUGUGAUGCUAUUCCUUUUACAUCACGACUGUGAGAUGACACCUCUCCUUGCUGGCAGACAAGCCAGGUGGGUAGGCAUUGCUCCUCAGAGCUGUUCUGCAUCUAGGGAGGCGGAGGCUGUUGCCUGGUUUAGCAUAAUGGAAAUCAAGGACAAGGACAGUGUUACAAAUAAGGGGCAAAGCACAGAGCUCUGUUCUGUUCCAGCUCUGCUACAGCUGCAGAAAGCAACCUUGGGCAAAUCAGCUCCUCAGCUGCAUUUCCCAGGACAGCCUCUCUCUUGCAUGCUGACUCUGUGACAGAGAUCUGUAAAGUGCUUUGGUCUCCUGGCUGGGCAGAGGUUCAUUGUUAAUGGAAUUGAAGAUGCAUGUAUACAGGAGGAGGGGAAUCUUAAAGCUUUUUAAGCUUUUCUAGAAGUCAUCUUCCUCCUAUGUACCAUACCAUUCUUUUCCCUGAUGCAAAUGAGGUGGUCCACUGUGGGAAUAUAGGCCUGGAGUAUUAUGGGUAAUAUACCAGGUUAAUUAUGGAGGGGGCAGGAAAAAUAGCCUGUGCCGUUUUCAACAAUAUCAAAGGGAUGCUACCUAAUGAUUUUCCUAUUAGCUCUUUUCCCAGCCUGCCAGAGUCACUGCAGAAGUGUCAUUUACAAAGGCAGUUUGCAACUCAUUACCCUGGAUUUUCACUGUAGUUCUGCUCCAGAGAGUGUGGGCUUUUGCUGUGUGCCCCAACCUAAUGAAUUGCCUGAUUCCGUUAGUGCUGCCAUCCCUUCUGACAAGGUUAGUUGCUGACUGACAGGAAGGUGCCUGAAUUCAAUUCCCUUCUUGUUUUCAACUUGCGCUUGUGUCAAGCGCAGGCUCCCUCUGGAAGCUGCCCUGUGAUCCCUUCCCUUUGUUUUUCUGCAUUCUGAGGGAAGCAGCCCAUGCUUAUAGAAGUCGUAGAGCAAGUGGCAGGGGCAUGUGUGCUGCUGCCCCAGCACUCCCUGCUCAAUGCCUGAAGUCCCUUUCCAGGUGGAAAAUUCCACUGCUCUCCUGCUCUGGGGCUCUGGGCUUUUCUUUUUCGUUGUUGGUUUGGGAUUUGCUGUCACCUGAGCUACGCUUUGUAACCUUUCAGCAAUAAAUACCUUGGGAAGGCUGCAUUAAUGGUACCAGGGAAGAACGUGCAAUGUGGGCCGGGGGAACAGAACUGAUUUCCCACACAUUAAGAGGGCAGCUGUGUUCCUGUUGUGGGGGCUCCAAGGUCUACUCUGGCCUGUUUGGGCUUUGCAAGGCACUUGUACAACAGUGCUGGAGAAAGCUUUUGUUCUUUUUCACUAAAGAGCAGCGUGCUUUGUCAGGCUGGGGGCCUAUGGCUCAUCUCAUGCUAGGAAUAGCUCCUGGAGAGGAGAAAUCAAGACUGUUCCUAUGUCGUGUCACAAGUACUCCCACUUGGAAGCUGAAUGUGGCUACUGCUCGUUCAGCUGGUAAUGCAGAAAGCUUGUAGGUCCCAUGGGUGCUAGUUUGACCUAAGUGUGGACAGAGGAGCUUGGGACUCCUGCUACCCUCGCUUCCAGGUGUGUGUAUACACCUCUGUUAAAUGCCAUUCUCUGAGCCUGCUGUUGAGGUGUCAGAUGCCACUCCCGUGAGGCUGCAGCUUGCAUUCAGGACAGCUCUUGCUGUUCAUUUAUGCUGUCUCUGGGCUGGGAUGUGGCAAGGGAGUGUUCCAGUGCCAGCCCUGGAUGCUUUUACUGGAUGUCAUGAGGAUUUGACCUAGCUGGCCCACAAGGGAGGCAGUGACGUGAGGUCAAUUUGUUUAUGCUGCACGUGAUGCCUCCUCCCCUCUUAAUUAGAUUCCUGUGGCCCCUCUUUCCUGCUGGCCUUGUUUCCUACUGAGCCCUGUCAGGGAGACCCAAUUGUGGCCUUAUCAGGUGCUUGCUGUGCUCUAAUGAGCCGUUUCCAUUUCCCAUUCUGGCCUGUCCAUCGAACCGAGGAAGGUGCUUGUCAGCACUCUGAAAACUGACCUGUACUCACAAUGCCACUCUCUGCCCAUCAGAUCCACCGGUCUGGCUGUGCCACGUGGAUGCUAAGGUUGAGUGGAUCUGAAAGUUUUCCCAAGUGCUCUUUCACCCCUGAGUGCUCUUGCACAUCAGCUCACACCCCCGCCAUGGGCACAGUGUUCCUGUCCUGCAGAUGGGAGACCAGCAUGCUGAGGGACAGGGUGACUUAUCCCUGGUCAGAGCGGAAGCAGCAAAGCAAGGAGCCAAGCUGUUAUCCUGUCCCUCUGCACAGGGAGCUCUUGCUCUGAUCACUCUCCUUCUGCCAAACUGUGUCCUUUUGCAAUGCAGCUUUGUCCUUUUCCUUGGGCUUGCUCUUUUCCAGGAAGCCCAGUGGACAGAAGGAACCCGUGCUGUGGGGCUGCGCUUUUCCCUUUGGACUACGCUGCAGAGGAGAAACGGGAAUCCAGACCAUACGCAACCCCAGGCUGUGAUCUCUGGGAUCUCCCCCAACCUAAACUCAGGUUGUGCCUCACUUUGGUGGUCAUAUUUUGUGGAUUGAAUUCCUGAGACUGAGUUCCCUCUGCUCUGUUGAGGAGAGACCCUCUGUCACCAGGCAGAUGGUUUCAUUCCAGCUCUGGCUUUGCAGCAAAAAGCCAAAACUGGAAGAGGAAUUGGCCCCACCUUGGUCCCAGCCUGGUACUCUGUUGCAGUCACUACUCUGGCUUCAUGCUCAAGGACCAGGACCCUGAGGGGGACCUGCAUACCAUCUUCUUACACCACUGUUCAGACCUGAUGUGCAAGGUCUGCACAGUAAGUGAUUCCGUAUUGUCCCUUAGGUUUGCUGGGUGACAGUGGACAGUCCCCUCUAAUGGGCAUCUCUUUAGGAGCUCCUGGUACAGCCCCUCCUUCCCUCUAAAGGUGUGCAGAGCUGGUAGGGUGACCUUCAUGGGUGUUAUAUUUGCCUCACAGAGCCCUGACAAUGAGUUGUCAUUACCUACAGACAUCUCUGGAGGGUUCUAGCUGACCUUCAGUCAGGGCAUGAGCUGCCAGCUGCCCGUCCUGCCUGCCUUCCUCCCAGCCCAGCCUCCCAGGGUCUUGAUUUUGUUCCCCAUAGGCAACGUCUUUCGUCGUCUGUCAGCUGCUGCUCCCCAUCCAGCUGGACUCUGUGGGCACUGCGAGGUGGGUACCUCUCUGUGAUGGAGGCUUUGCUCGUAUGAGGCUAGAAAUGUCACAUGCGUGCUCCUAACCUGAUUGACCUGUUGGGUGUCUGGAUGAAUCUACUUGUUCUGUAAACUUUAAUGUUCUCUAAUAGUUGGGGAGAGUCUGGAUGGAGGUUUCUAUGGUUUCCUGGUGGUUGCUACGGAAAAGGACCUCUCUGCCUCUAGGUCUUGGUGACUUUCUUUUUGCCCUAUCCUAGGCACCGGAGCCCAGCAGAACAUAAUGCUUGUUGUUUCCCAGCCCACUACAAUGGUCAGGGCAUAAUUUGUGACUCCCGUCACGGCUGGGCUGGGUGCCUGCCACUCUUUUUCCUUUUUCUUUUUUUUUUUUUUUUCUUCUUCUUCUAAGGCCUCUUUGAAGAAUGAGACCAAAGAGCCUUCAUGCAGGAGUUUGUGUGUUUGCUGCGCUUCCCACCCCCUCACUUGCUGUUUCCUUUAGAGCUCCAAGUCAUUUUAACGAUUUAUUUCAUGCACUUUACAUAGCAAGAAGCUGUAGCAACAGCUGUGUCCGUGAAUCCUUACCAGACAGCCCUCAGUAUAUUUUGGUCUGUCUAUGUAUUGUCCCAGGCACAGUUAAAUAAAUCUCUGCUGGAGGAAGGGACUUUACAGCUUAGCGGCAAAGGUUUGGCGAAUGGGAAUGUCAACAAGAUACUUAGUGAGCUGCUGGAUUCUAGAGUAACAGCACCUCUGGCAUAAAGCUCUGCUUCCGUUAGUGCAGCUGGGGGCCAGAUCCAGCAUGGUCUUUUUCUUGCUGUCAGCAGGGACUGUGUCUCCCUACAGUGCCCAGUGAUAAAGCUAUAGUUACGGGACAAAAUUUGGACCCAAACCUGCAGACUGGAAGUGGUUAAAAUGUGUCUAGGCCAAAUGCUGUUCUUGUUGCGCUGCUAUCAGUCUGGAUCUAGGCUAUUGAACAUGAUGGGCUUAUUUCCACUGGUGCUGUUCAGGAUCUGGGCAUAAAUGAGUUGCCCGAGGCCACGUGCUCUCUCAGGGAGCUCAGCUGUGUUCUGCAAAGGCUUGCAGCUGCAUGCAGCACCAGGCAGGAUUUGGUCUGUCAGAGCAUCACAGGAUUGGGUGCAAGUUUACUUUUGCAUAUGGGAUCAAAGCUUAAAAUAUCGGCUGGCCUUUCUCUCGCUCCUGACUUUUCUAAAA